UUCAACUCUGCUGCUCUAGAAAUUGAGGAACCUCAAAAAUCUCCUAAAAGCUUCUAAAUUUAAAAUCUAAACAAUGGUGGAUUCUUUUUCCAUAAGCUCUGAUUCUUCUGAAACAAAGAAAUCUCCACCUCUCGACCAAAAAAGAAAAGAAAAGAAAUCUCCACCUCCUGAAUCAUCAGGCCAAAAGAAGAUUAUGAUCAAGGUCAAGAGCCAACAGGACGGAGGAGAGGAUCUGUACAAGAUUGGUGAGAAUGCACCUCUAAAGAAACUAAUGACUGCUUACUGCGUGAAGAAAAAUUUAGAUCGAAGUACUGUCAGAUUCAUCUUUAAGAAAAAGGGUCUCAAACCACGACAUACUCCUUCUCAGCUAAAGAUGGAAGAUAACGAUAUCAUUGAUAUAGUCACGGAACAAGGCGGUGGCGGUCCUUACACCGCUUGAUGUCGCCGGAGUUUCAAGUCUCCAGAAUAAGAAAAGAAAAUUUUAGUUAUUGUUGCACCUUAUGUCUGUCUGAACGCUUGUUGUCCAGUUGAUUUUAAUUCGUGAUAUUAAUAUAAUUUCUAUGUGAUUUAC